CUCGUGUACUCGAUCGGUGGAUGGCGCGCGGGAGUGACUGACGGUUAAAAAGUCGGUUGAGAUAGAUAGGCCAACAUAAUAAUCAUCAUCACUCUUCAGGCAAUUUCAACUUCAUCUGAUGCUAAUUUUUGGCUUUUGACUGGUCAUUUGUUACAGUCAUGAUGGCUUGCGAACAGAAACAGCGCCCUGUUCAGAGCUGUCAAAUGCUGCCUGAUGUGGUGUCCUCCGAGCAACAGUCACUUGUGCUUGUGAAGAAACUUUUAGCCAUUGCGGUCUCAAGCAUCACUUACCUCAGGGGUCUUUUCCCCGAAAAGGCCUAUGGGCGCAAAUAUGUUGGAGAGCUUAAAGUCCUAAUCCUGCGAGAGCAUAGCUGUCCUGGUGCUCAGCAGAUUGUGCAGUGGUUGCAGGGAUGUUUUGAUGCACUUCAAAAAAGAUACCUGCGCAUGGUUCUUCUGUCAAUUUACUGUGAUCCAGACAAUCCACAGAAAGUGACUGAAUGCUACCAGUUUAAAAUCAAGUACACAGAGAAUGGACCUCAGUUGGACUUUGAGAGCAAAAAUGGGCAGAGUCUGACAAAAAUGGCCUGUGACAACACCCAGAAAUCCAGUAUGCUGCUGGUGCGCAAGCUUUACAUGCUGAUGCAAAAUCUCGGCCCGCUGCCUGACAACAUCUGCCUCAACAUGAAACUCUUCUACUAUGAUGAUGUGACCCCUCAGGAGUAUCAGCCACCUGGCUUCAAGGACGAUGACAGCGAGACGCUGAUAUUUGAGAGGGAACCAGUAAAUCUGACCAUGGGAGAGGUGGUCACACCUUUUCAUAGCCUCAAAAUGAGCGUCACCACUGAGCGGUUUGAUGGGGAGGAGGAAGUAUGUGUGGGUACAAAAUGGUCUUUGAAAAUGUAUGAGGAUGGAAUGAUGUCUGAGACCUCAGUUCAGCAGGAGUGCAUGAAAAAGGAGAAUGUCAUCACUGACGCUGGCAUUGAAUACUCAGAAACUCAGGAAAACUCACAACAGGCUCACAGAAGCAGCAAGGAGGAUCUUAACAUGACAAAUACAAAGAUGGACAGUCUGGUAAAGAAAACUGCUGAUCUUAAGGUGGAAGCAAGGAAGACCAGGAGCGGACGCAUCUUUGAGCCUCAGAUCUCUCAGUUAGAGUUCCCGCUGAGCCAAGAUCCCCAGCCGUCAGCCCCGAAGAGGCGAAAAGUCAGUGUACCUAAAUAACCUUGUGUUGUACACUCACAGUAUUUCUAGUAUAGUCACACAGAAAUACUUUUUUGAUUCAUUCAGUUGCAGAAAUGCAUUGUUAACAAGUUUUAUGCUUCAAGGGCAUGUGAUAACAUGAGGGGUGCACAAAUGAAUGUUGUUAUUUAUGUUAGUUUUCUACUAGAUAAAUUCAAACUGGUGUUUUGGAAAUGUUAGUAGCAAUGUAAUGUAAAAGCGAUGCAAUGAGUCCACUAGAUGGCAGCAUGCACUGU